UUGUGGCUCGGGCUCGCGCUAACGGCUGAUUCAUCGGCUUUAUUCAGGGAUCGUAAUAGUUUUGGGAUGAAUCUAAAAAGACCAUCGGAGCUCUACAAACACCUAAGAGUUUCCAAGAGACAUAUCCUGGGAAAAUCCCAUGAUGACGUCGUUACAUCACUCCCAAAAGACAAUGAUGCCCCAGAGCUAGAGUCACGACUUCAAUUCCAUAAACAAUUUAUGAUCGGAGCGCAAAAUAACAGAGUAGGGUUAGGAUCAAGUAGGAAAGUCCAAGAUACGGAUAUAUUAAAGUCUUUUAUUCGGCAAGACGAGAACGAUAAAUACAAGAUCCAUGCAAUGAGUUUAGAAAUGCAGAACGAGUGGUUAGACAUGGGAGAUUUUUGCAUUCCACUAGCACUAAAAUGGCGCACCCUAAUUCAUGACUGGUCGCCAGCCUUGCUAAAAUUUUAUCUCAAUGCGUUCCAGAUGACUCUCCCAGAUCAGAGUAAUUUAGUAAGAUGGGGUAAAGGUACCGAAAAAACUUGCUAUAUCUGCGGAAAGGCAGUUGGAACUGCCAAGCAUUUGCUGGUGGGAUGUAAGGUUCUCCUGGACAGUGGUCAAUACUCGCGUCGUCACGAUAGGGUUUUAGAGAUCAUACGUUUUGUGAGAGAGGGCACCAGGGCUAUAAAAUCAAGCGUCAAGCCUUACUCUAUCCUUAAAGCGGCUUCGGAUUGGACUAUCAUGAUGGAUACGUAUGAGAAAUAA